CAUGUGUGUAUACUAGUAUAUACUAUAUAAGUAUGAUAUGUAUGAAGUAGAAAAACCAACAAUACAUUGAGCCAUGGAAACCUUUUUACCCUAUCUUCUCACGUUGUUAUUAGUAGCCAUCUUUCAUACUCUGCCUCCUCUCACCAGCUCUUUCCCUAUUUCUCCAGAUUUUCCGGCGGUUUUCAACUUUGGAGACUCUAACUCCGAUACCGGAGAACUCAGCUCCGGUCUUGGCUUCCGUCUUCAACCUUCAUAUGGACAAUCCUACUUCUUCAACCCUCCAUCGUCCGGAAGAUUCUGUAAUGGACGUCUCAUCGUGGAUUUUCUUAUGGAAGCAAUUGAUCGGCCUUAUUUGAGGCCUUAUUUGGAUUCGGUGAGCACACAAAGUUACCGGAGAGGCUGCAAUUUUGCUGCGGGUGGAUCAACGGUUCAGAAGGCAAAUGCUGCAUCCAUUAGCCCUUUUGGUUUUGGUGUUCAAGUCUCUCAGUUCAUCACAUUUAAGUCCAAAGUCCUUCAAUUGUUACAACAAGAUGAAGAUCUCCAAAAAUACUUACCGUCAGAAUAUUAUUUCAAAAGUGGAUUGUAUAUGUUUGAUAUCGGACAAAAUGAUCUCGCUGGAGCAUUUUACAAAAAAACAUUAGAUCAAGUCGUUGGUCUCAUUCCUACAAUCAUAGAUAUAUUUCAAGAUGGAAUAAAGAGAUUAUACGCAGAAGGUGCAAGAAACUUUUGGAUACACAACACAGGACCACUUGGGUGUAUAGCUCAGGUUGUGUCAUUAUUUGGGAGAGACAAAUCAAAACUUGAUGAGUUUGGUUGUGUCAGUGACCAUAACCAAGCUGCUAAGCUGUUCAAUUCACAGCUUCAUGGUCUUUUCAUAAAACUCCCUCAACAAUAUCCUGAUUCUCGUUUCACAUAUGUAGAUAUCUUCUCCAUCAAAUCCGACCUCAUCCUGAAUCACUCCAAAUACGGUUUUAAUCAUUCGAUAAUGGUAUGUUGUGGAACCGGAGGACCACCAUUGAACUACAAUGAUCAGGUUAACUGCGGUUCGACAGGAAAAUCAUCAGAUGGUACAAUAAUAACAGCCAGAGCUUGUAAUGAUAGCUCCAAAUAUGUUAACUGGGAUGGGAUUCAUUACACUGAAGCUGCAAACCGGUUUGUUGCACUCCACAUUCUCUCCGGUAGAUAUUCCGAGACGGCCUUGUCAUGGAAUCUUUAGAAAUACUCAUAUCUAAUUAUCUACACAUAGUUUUAUGCUAACUGAAUAUUUAUCAAUGCUUCUAGAGGCUUUUGGUGUAAAACAGAGCAUUCCUAAAAUAACUUUCCUUCACCAAAAACAAAUGCUUUGACAUAAUAAAAGGAUAUUCUUCAAAGUUCAUGUAAUGUUUCUGUGUAUCUAUAGAGACCACACACAGGUUUUGUA